AUGAUCACGGACGCGCAGCUCGCCAACAUUCUGGGCCUGUCGCUUUUCUUGCUUGUGGUUCUCUAUCACUACGUGACUGGCCACAAUCCCAAGAAGCAGGAAUGAAAGUAGCACUUUCUCCGCCCCAGGGUUCCAGGACACAGUCUGAGGCAAGAUGGAGGGUGUGUGGGGCCUUUACACUUCACUUCAUCUCUCCUACCCAUCACAGCAUACAAAGCAAUUACACUUGGGUUUUUCCAAACAACUUUUAUUUCCUCAAAGUCUUCCUUAACUCUAUGGAGC